AAAAGACAUGGUUGUGAAUGCAGACGAUGCGAGUUUUCUCAAAUCGGCAAUACUACUGUGCAAUACAUUUCUCACACCAUUUUUUAUUGAGGCGAUUUAUAGAACACACAGAGCAUUAAAGCGUAUCUCACGCAGCUUUUUCAUUUUUCCUCGCUACUAGCAUUGUGCACAUUUGCCCACAUUCUUUGUGGCAUAUUAUUUGGGGCGUCCAUUUUUUUUUUUUGGGCCCCCUUUGCUCCCUUUUAAUUGUCGAUAUUAAGAAGCUUAAACUGGUUAAUACGAUCGCUUUUUUCAUGUAAUCUUAUUGCAGCUGAAAGGUCCGCAAGCCAAAUCGAUGAAAGAGUUCAUUGAGGAGACGUAUGAAUCAGCAGAAAAGUGCUUGAGGACUAACUACCAUGGAAUUAAACAAGUAACUGCUGCUCUUCUACCUCUUCAACAAUCGAAUUCGGCAAGAGUAGUCAAUGUCUCCUCUAACCUUGGCCAGAUUCAGUGCAUCCAUCGAUAAGCUCACGGGAGAGAAAGUGGAUGGUUUGGUGGAGAGAUUUCUGAAGGAUAUGAAGGACAAGUUGGAAAGCAGAGACUGGCCUAUUGUCUUAUAUGCUUACCUCGUCUCGAAGGCAACUCUCAAUGCUUACACAAGAGUUUUGGCAAAGAAAUAUCGUGGAAUCGCCAUCAAUGCCGUGAACCCUGGCUUCGUCAAGACCGACCUAAACCGCAACAUGGGGUUUUUGCCUAUCGAGGAAGGCAGGAGAGGUCCCGUUACAGUGGCUCUAUUGCCAAAAGAUGGGCCUUCCGGCGCAUUCUUUGAUCGUACUCUAGUAUCGACCUUUUGAUCCAGAUUUGGCUUGGUAGUGCGGAGAGGCCAUGUCCGUUUAAACCCUAAAACUACGUUCUUCUGUAUUUUUCCUUCUGUUCAUUGGUAGGAGUUUCUA